AUGGAUGAAGGCAGAGUCAGGGGAAGAGGAAUUCGAGUCAGAGGAGGGAGAAGAGCAGGCCAACGAGGAAGAGGAGGAGGCCAACAAGGGAGAGGAGGAGACCAACAAGGGAGAGGAGAAGGUCCAGAAGGGAGAGCAAGACAACCUCGCAGCAUCAUUACGGACGAGAUGCGAGCAACAGUCAUUGACCAUGUCAUUGUCCAUGGCAUGACAAUGGCUGAAGCAGGACUAAGAGUCAGUCCAAACCUGAGUAGGUUCACUGUGGCCACCAUUAUCAGGGCAUUCAGACAACACAACAGAGUUGAAAGAAUGCCACAUAGAGGUGGUAGGGUUGCCAUAUUUACAGUGGCACAAGAAACCCUCAUUGUGGAUAUGGUUCGUGAGAACAACCUCAUCAGAAUCCGGGAGAUCAGAGACAAAGUAAUUGCCGAUAAUGUCAACUUUGAGAGCAUUGAUGAUGUCAGCUUGGCCACAAUAGACCGAGUUCUUCGGCGCCAAAAGAUGCGGAUGAAACAGGUCUAUAGGGUUCCCUUUGAGCGCAACUCUGCGCGACACAAAGACCUACGUUACGAGUAUUUGCAAGUAUACAUCCAUGUUCACAGUACAGUUAGUGGACAUACUGUGUUGCUCAGUGGCCUACAUUACUUCUGGACAAUACUGUGCUACCUGAUUGACUGUUGUUCUGAACACCUGUGCACUUUCACAUUUUCACAGAGGAUAUUACAGUUGGACGUGAUGGCCAGACCUCAUGAGUACCUCUUCCUGGAUGAGGCUGGCUUCAACCUGCAGAAACGAAGGCAAAGAGGCCGUAACAUCAUUGGCCAAAGAGCCAUCACUGAGGUUCCUGGCCAACGGGGGGGGUAA